GCGCGCACUCAUUCACGUAUUUGUUUACCAUCAUAACUACACGCGGCUCCGAGUGAAACACUUGUCUAUUAUAUAUAAAAAAACCAUAAAUAUUAUUAUAUGUGCCUUCUAUAAUAGAAUAAUAAAGUUUUUGGAUUCUGUGACAGCGGAUUUUGUCCGCAUUUCGUGCCGGUCGAUCACGUAAUAGCCCGCGGUGGAUGUUCACGUGUACGAUGGUAUGUGGCGACGGUGGCGACGGUGGCGGCGACUGCCAGCGGUGCGUACCUGGCUGACGGUGACAGCGCUCACCGCCCUGCUACCACCAUUCACCAGCGCUGACCUCAUCUUUAGAGUACCUGAAGUCGUUGUACAACAUGCAGCCGCCUCCAAGCCAGUCGGGACUGGCAAGUCUAACAGUUCGAGGACGAACGACAGCCAGCAGUGGAGCCCUGAGGAGGGCGUGUACGAAGUCAGAUACGAGGAGUACUAUGUGGAACAUGAUGUGUCCACAGCGGACGCGAGGAAGGCCGCCAGUGCACUGAAACUCAAGGACGUUCCAGAGACUCAGGUUGGCUGCGGCACGUGUAGCCGCCGCGAGAUGGAGUACUGCGAGACCCGCGUGCUGGCGGACCACUGCUGCUGCGAGCGGCAGGUUCUUCCUGAGCCGUUCCCCUGGCUACCACACACCUGCUACAUCGGACCCCACCGCUGCCGCCCGCUGGCGCACGACUGCGCGCAGUACAAGCGGAUCAGAGACUGCUGCUGCACCAGGAAGCUAGCUGAAAGAUGGAAGAGCAUCUUAUCAAAGUCGACUCGUCUCGGCGUGAGUGGUGUAUCUCUGCUUCUGUUGUCGAUGUUGCUGUUCGUAGCCUACCUGUGACACGCGCGCCCCCCACGGGCCCUUGCCGGCCCUAUCUAUGUGUAACACUUCAACCCCUCAUCCGCGAGUCGACCAAAGAAACACAUCUAACAUGUAACCACCUGCAUCUGUUUAUAGAUUAUAG